UUUGGGGGGGGGGGGGGGGGGGGGGUUUGCCGUGCCGGUCACCUUUCAUCUGCUGUUAUUGAAGUUUAGUUUCGUUGAUUGAGAGAGUAUUUUUGCAUUUGGGUUGUGAGCCACCGGAUGAGUGGGGCACCGCACAGACUUGCAUUGACGUGGAGAUAGGUGGUUGGCAGACGGGAUGUGCUCGAGUUGGUUGUGUGGUUGGUUCUUGUGUCCAUAGUGAGAUAGUGCCUGUGUGUGAGAGGUGUGUGAUUUGAGACGGGAGGGUGUUCGAGAAGCAACGAGAUAGGAGGAAGGGAUGAAUUGGGGCAUUUUGUCAGAGUGUAGGUGCUGGAUUCAAGAGGGAUUUAAGGGCCAUGGUAUGAUAGGUUGGGAGUGAGGAGUGGACUGUCCGUUAAGCAGAAAAGAGUAGAAGGCAGGCAAGCAAGCGAAGCAAGAUGGGGGAGAUGGAGGCGGGGUUUGCGAAGUUGCAAGGGGAGGAUUUUGAGUAUUACAUGCAAACGUAUUCGAUAGUGUUGGGAAGGAAUAGUAAAAAAUCGUCGGUGGAUGUGGAUUUGGCGGGGUUGGGGGGCGGAAUGAACAUCUCCCGGCAGCACGCGAGGAUCUUGUAUGACUUCGAGAUGCAGCGGUUUGUGCUGGAGGUUUUGGGGAAGAAUGGGUGCUACGUGGAAGGGGUGCUGCACUACCCGGGGACUUCUCCCGUGAAGUUGGAUUCACAGGACCUUCUGCAAAUUGGGGAGAAGCGAUUCUACUUCCUUCUCCCCGCUAAGAAAAUUGCGCGCUCUGUUGCGUCCGGAUCGAGCCCCAUUAACCCUAGAAAACGGGCUGUGGGUGGCAGUCGAGCGGCCUCGGCAACUUUGGUACAGUCAUCUGCUGCUGCGCCUGCGAAGAAGAUCAAAGGGCAGGGACAAGGUAAGAACGGCCCGGCUGGAGCAGGUGCUAGGGAGCGCAAACAGGCCAGUGCUCCUUGGAUGGCACAACAGGAGGUGGAACCUUCUCCUCCGCAAGGUAGUACCACAGGGGCAAGGGAGGGACACGGGUACGACGAGGAAGGAGCGGACGUUCUACAUGAACAGGCUGAAGAAAGAGAAGUGGUGAAGAUCAUUUUAGAAAAGCUGAAAAGCCAGUAUCAUCCUGGAGAGUGGAUGGCUGUGUCCAAACUGCACGCUGACAUCUUAGACCACUUCAGGAACAGGCAAAUGUCGCCCCAACUCAUGAGCAUCAUGGGUGUAGAUGAGGAUGGACAGGAGCUAGACGGUAAAGGGAAUGGCAAAGCGUGGUCGGGACUCGUGAGUCUCCUGAAAAAGUAUCAAGGUAACUUCGUCAUUAACACCAAGCUGAAAGGAGGAAUCAGGGUUGAAUACGUCUCGCUCUACCCUGAGGAGCAGUAGCCAGCUUACAACUUUUGCGGUGAAAGGUAUCAUUAGUUUUAUUCCUGUGAUCCUCCCCCCUGAAUCUUUUUGGUGGAAAGGUUGAGGUUGAUCGUGUAAUUACUCGUGUAAGGAUUUGUGGAGGUGCAACUAUUCGACGAGCUCGGGUUGCAUACAAAGCAAUGUGCCACUUGGUGGGUUCAUGUUGAAACUGAUCUAUCCCAUGUUAAUACAACGGUGGUCUCCAAGAUAUCCAAUCCAUGUCAACAGGACGAGACAGACAGACAUACAGACAGACAGAUAGAGGGAGCUGCGCUCAAGUGGACAAAUCAUGGUUAAAUCCUUUGCUUGACGGAGUUAUCUCUAGCUAGACCAGGAUAGUCAUCUUUCCCAUCCGAGAUCACUCUUCUGUGAAUUCUCACAAGUGUGCCAUCUCGAUCUUCUUUCCUAUCUGCCAUUGUGCAAUUCCACAUAAUUGGUAUCCUGCCGUUGGUUUGGAAUGCUGCGAGGGUUUGGGCAUCGCAUUUGGUGACCGAUUUGAAUCCAGUGAUGUUCCGUCGAGUCCAUCAUGCUAGUUUUGCUCACUUAUGUGGGUUCCAGAAUGAACCCAGCAACAGGACCAGGAACAGGAAUAGGAAUGGCUCUUCCAUUCUGGUUCUUAGCCCUCAACUCUACAUCACAAGAGUAUAGCAGAGUUAAAGGCUCACCCCUCCCCUGCCAUAUGGUUGGCUGUGUCCUAUGUAUCAAUUCAUCAAUAUAUAUAUAUAUAGAGAGAGAGAGAGAGAGAGAGAGAGACCUGCACGUAUACCCAUGCUCGUUCUCUCUGAAUAAAUGAUGUUUAGCAAUGGGCCCCAUUGCCAAAUAUUUCUCGCCUUCACCCAUGUUUCCAUUGGUGUUGACUCC